AUGUGGCUAAGGUGUCUUGGAUUUGCUCUCCUGGUUUGGAUCCCUGGAUUGCUGUAUGCUCAAAGAGCACCUCCAUGCAGCGCUCCCGAUCUGAAUAAAGGGUAUUUCCACCCUGUGCAGGAUUCUUAUUCUCAUGACACCAUCAUCUAUUAUGGCUGCGACAAAGGACAUAAGCCUGCUGUGGAGGGCUGGUGGGCCACUAGCCGAUGCCUAAAUGGCAAAUGGACCCAUGAACCAAAGUGUAUAGAUGAAGAUAGCUGCUUCGCGCCGAAUAUUGACAAUGCAAUGCCAGUGGAGGGCUUGUACACUGCAGGGCAGAAACUGCAGAUACAAUGCAAAAGUGGAUAUGAACAUGAAAGCAGAGAUAAGACGGCUGAGUGUAUGAAUGGACAAUGGACCAAAGUGCCGGUCUGUAGGAAGCGCACAGGUGCAUGUGAAGCUCCGCCUCAGUACCCCAAUGCAGUCAUCAUUAAUCACAAAUACCAGGAGGUGUUUGAUGAAAACAAAGAAUUGCAAUAUCAGUGUAGAGAUGGAUAUGUUGGAGAGAAUGGAGCCAAAACAAAAGCUGUUAGGUGCAAUGGUGAACAAUGGGAAGGCGGCCCAAAUUGCGUGCGCUCCUCCAGCCCAACACCCACAGAUGGAAACAUUAAACCAGCUAUUACAACAAUUGAUAAAUGUGGACAGUUCCCCGUAGUUAAGGACGGUGUUAAUUACCCGUGA